AUGACAUCUAUGCUAGAGAAAAGUCAUUUAGAUUUAUUAUCUUCAAGAGAUUAUAGAGGUUUUGAAUCAUCAGGGGUCUAUUAUUGUUACGAUGAAGAAGAUAAAAUUAAACCAUUUAAAUCUCAAUUAAAUAGUUACAAAGAUAUUAAGAGUGUUGAAGAUAAGAUUCUACAUGCUUUAUGUUUCAUAUCUUUUUCUAAUAAUGAUAAUAAGUGUAAUGAACAAUGUCAUAGUUUGUACUACUGGAUAGGUAAUAAAUUAUUUAAUACAUUAUCAAAUGAAGGUUCGUUCUCAGAUAUUAUUAAAGUAUUUGAAAAUUGUUCAGAAAAAAUUGCUGGAAGGGAUAAGUGCAAGUGUGAUUUUUUUGGAAGUAUUAGUAAGGAGGAGUUUAAUAAAAUGAAGAUUGUGUAUGAAUAUUGUAAAUAUCAUGAUACUAUUGAGGGAACUCUUAAGUUUCAUAGUAAUUUGUGUGAUAGUGCAUCUAAAGUAUACCUUGAUCAAGCUACCAAUACAUAUAAUGAAGUGUAUGAAAUCUGUAAUUCAUCCAGUUCUAAGGGUUACUGUGCAGUACUUAAGAAACAUGUUCCUGAAUGUUUUAGGAAUAAGCUACGUACUUUGAAGUAUGAAAUAAAAGAAUAUCAUUCAGAAUCUAGUGAUUUGAAAAGAAUAGAUGAUCAUUUUCCUGGUGGAACGACACCUACAACUGGUCAAUCUACUUAUAAUAUAUCUCAAAUUUUAAUGUUGGUUGCUUUUCCUCUUGCAGGAAUUUUAUUUAUUAGCUUUAUUCUAUAUAAGUUUACUCCAAUUGUCUCCUGGAUAAAUACAAAAUUAAUAAGGAAAAAAUUAAUUAGACGUAGUCUAGAUGAUAGUCAUAAACAUGAAUUAACAGAAUACAUGUCUACACAUGCAUUAUCAAAUUUAAGGAGAAGAAAAGUAAAUAUAGCCUAUCACCCUGCGUGA